UCAGCCAGCCGGAGAAGAUUGUAGUUAUUCCAGUUCGAACUAUUUAUUUGGUGAAACGUUAUGCUUUCCACGCCACUCUAUAGGUUACUGGACACCUUGUUAUUUUUUUAUCACUCCCCCCCACCUUUAGUGGUAUUAUAAUGUGUACAAAAUGACGGGAUUAAUAGGUUUGGUACACUCAGUGACUUCCUGGUUAACAAUUAUUUUGAAAGUGGUCGGAAGUGGGACAACCACUCCUGCCUGCCGGGUCAGCUGAGUGACCGUCCGCCGGUCUGCUGACUGUCAAACCGCAGGAGGCUCCAGUUCGGGCGGGGUGGGACUCUCUCCGUGUCCCCUGCUGGUGGAUCUCCUGAGCGGACUGCUGGGGCGCCUCUUCGGGCUGUUUUUUUGUCGGCUUCUUUUGGAGCCGAGCUCGUCGCACUUUUUGCCUGGAGAGUCCCGGUGUCCACUCGUCCCUCCCGAGGCCGCUCGGCUGCUCGACACCUUUGAGCCCGGCGGCCCCCCCGAGGAGCAACAUGGAGGUGUUGGAGGUCGUCAUGCAGGGCCUGGCCGUGUUCGGCUUCUUGUUGUUUGUGGUGCUGUGGCUCAUGCACCUCAUGUCCAUCAUUUACGUGCGCCUCCACCUUCACAAGAAGAGGUCAGAGGUCAAGCAGCCCUUUGCGCAAAUGGCGGGAGUCUCUCUGCUGAAGCCCCUUAAGGGCAUGGACUCCAACCUCAUCUCCAACCUGGAGACCUUCUUCAUGCUGGAUUACCCCAAGUACGAGAUCCUCAUGUGCGUCCAGGACCAAGACGACCCGGCGGUGGACGUUUGCAAGAAACUUUUGGGAAAGUAUCCCAACGUGGACGCCCGCCUCUUCAUCGGCGGGAAAAAGGUGGGGAUCAACCCCAAGAUAAACAACCUGAUGCCGGGCUACGAGGGCGCCAAGUACGGGCUGGUGUGGAUCUGCGACAGCGGCAUCAGAGUGAAAGCGGACACACUGACGGACAUGACCAACCAGAUGACGGAGAAGGUGGGCCUGGUCCACGGGCUGCCCUACGUCGCCGAUCGCCAGGGCUUCGCCGCCACGCUGGAGCAGGUCUACUUCGGCACGUCGCACCCGCGCUCCUACAUCUCCGCCAACGUGAUGGGCAUCAAGUGCGUGACGGGGAUGUCCUGCCUGAUGAGGAAGGACGUCCUGGACCAGGCCGGCGGGCUGGUGGCGUUCGCGCAAUACAUCGCAGAGGACUACUUUAUGGCGAAGGCCAUCGCCGACAGAGGCUGGAAGUUCUCCAUGGCGACGCAGGUGGCCCUGCAGAACUCCGGCUCGUACUCCAUCGGCCAGUUCCAGUCACGCCUGAUCAGGUGGACCAAGCUAAGGAUUAACAUGCUUCCUGGCACCGUGCUGGAACCCAUCUCCGAGUGCUUCCUGGCCAGCCUCAUCAUUGGCUGGGCGGCGCAUCACGUCUUCAGGUGGGACAUGAUGGUGUUCUUCAUGUGUCACUGUCUGGCCUGGUUCUUGGCGGACUACGUCCAACUGACGGGCGUUCAGGGCGGACCGCCGAGCUUCUCCAAGCUGGACUUUGCCGUGGCGUGGUUCAUCAGGGAGUCCAUGGCGGUGCAGAUCUUCCUGUCGGCGCUGUGGGACCCGACCAUCAGCUGGCGGACCGGCCGGUACCGGCUCCGCUGCGGCGGCACAGCUGAGGAGAUUCUGGACGUCUAGUUGCCGCGGCGACGUCCCUCCACAGAAGACUUUAAUGUUUUUAAAGUAUUUAUGUUUGAAUUUCGGUGCUAACGUCAACGAGGCCUCGGCGGCCAAUGAGAGCGCGGGAAGACGUGGCGAUGCGGGAUGACGUCGCCAGAGCGGUCCAAUGGGGAGCCCACGUGCUCCCACGCUGUCAAACAGUGUUAUGAGCGUGCACGUGACAAAAAAAAAACACGCUUGCGCACGCCAGUGUUGCGUCCCAACAUUUCAGCUAGCAGGCGCCAGAUUAGCAUAGUAUUAGCUGUUAGCAUAGCCACGGGGGGUUCGGUUGAUGACGUCUCGCGACGUCGGAUGAACCCGCCUGGUUGGCGUCCAAUCAGACGUCCUUUCAUGUCGCAGCUGACCAAUCACAGCGCCGCGUGUUGUCAAAACGGAACAAUAAAGUUUUGUCUUCGACCAUU